CAUCGACGCGCAGCCUUGUUACCAACAUUCCACGCGCCUGUGCAAUUCAACUGUUUAACGCGCGCUCAACCAAUUGUUGCUUGCAUUGAUACCUAGGUGCAUAGUUGGCUGUCUCGACUACGUGUUAGAACCCGCUUCUGUGCGAUCUCACUCCAGCUCGAGUAUGCAAUCUGCGUAUAUACCAACUAGAUAUCAAUACCCCAAAAAGAAAGAUGGAUGAAGAUUUGCGCAUUCUCGAGGAAGAAUACUGUCCUCUAGUUGACGCCGCGCUCCUCUCUGCGGUAUAUUCCGACUACGCAGGUCAGCCAAACGCAAUUGAACUCGUCAGGGAGCUUCUUGAUUCUAUAAAAGCAUCUGCCUUGGAAGAACAGCUCACCGACUUUGAUCCUUCGGGCAGCAGUGGAGCCGUUCAAAGCGACUCGAAAGGUGUUGAUUCUAGCGGCGAGACUUGGGCAACACAAACCAUUAUCACAGACAACACCCUCUCGACAUUGAGUUUGGAUAAUCGGUCGGUGUCAGGAUCGGAGACAUCAGGAGACAGCGGAUACUUCAGGGACACGGAACACUUCAGCGCGCAGACCAAAGGGCUAUUGCUCGCAGAAACAUUCCCAACACUGCGCCCUGAGCUUAUCGCGUAUACCUUGAAGAAGUGCGAUGAUGACUUGAGUAAAGCGACAGACGAGUUGCUCAAUCAUGUCUACUUCGAAGAUGCGAGAACAAGUCCUACCGAAGAUGGACCUGUUGUGAAGGGCGUCGACGCGUUUUCCGAGGACUACCAUGUUCCACAACGGGGUAAAAAGGGCAAGGGAAAGAGACAGAAGAAGGUGUCUCUGUCUGGUGGGAGUGCUUUUGUUUUCGAUACGGACAGACCAGCCACGCCACCGGCUAACAAAUGGCUGAACAGCAGCAAGGACAUCGAAUUCAUCACUUCACGUACGAACCUACCGGCGAAGCUUGUCUCUUCGCUAUACCACGAAAGCAGCGCGUCGCUUUCAGCAACUAUACUCAUUCUGGUACGCAAAGAUAUAAAAGCGCACGAAAAAGAUGGAGAGCCAGAUGCUGGCCUGGUACAGGAUGCGAUCAUGCUCAACGGAGACUUCCCCACGAUUGAUCUGGAGUAUGCUCUUGCAGUUGUACGACUUACAUCACCAUCCACUUCCCAGGCACACGAGCUUGCAAAAGCCCUCACAGAACAGCCAGCAAGUGAGACUGGUGGCAAAGGAGGUAUCAAACUCGACCUGCGCUAUGCUCCUAUCGAUCUAUCGGAACCCACUCUCGCACCACGACUACCUGAUCUCCCAACGUCCGCUAGGCCACGCGACACUGCUUCGGUCGCUCGUGCCCGCAGUGAAGCGUUCCAAAAUGCGUCCGCAGCCUAUCGGAAAGGCAAGUCUACGCCGCUCAUGAAGCAAGCAGCGGGCUACUAUGCCCAAGAAGGACGCGAUCUUAACGCCAAUCUGCGCGCCCUGAGUGAAGCUGAUGCAGACGCUCUCGUGUCCUCGCAAUCCUCCUCAACCUACCUUGACCUGCACGGCGUGACCGUGGCGAGUGCCACAAGGAUAGCCAGGCAGAGGACGCAGGCUUGGUGGAGUGGACUGGGCGAGCAAAGAAUACCUGAGUGGAGCGGUGCAGGACGACGUGGCGGUGGCAACGGUUAUAGAAUCAUCGUUGGGCUAGGACGACAUAGCGUGGAUGGUAGGGGAAAGUUAGGCCCUGCGGUCGCAAAGGCGCUUGCGAAGGAGGGCUGGAAGCUUGAGAUUGGCUCAGGAGAGCUGCUUGUCACUGGAUUGGCAAGGCGUAAAUAA